UGGUGGUGUGUUUUGGUGAAUAGGCUCGUUGAACCAGUGAACCGGAAGCAUCCAUCACCAGUGGCGGGAACACAAGGCUGGGGCACAUCUGCCAAAAGGCUACUCCUACAAGUGGUGGCCCGAAGUAUUCUGGAAACGCUGAACGAUGUGGAGCCCAAUGAUGUCCAAAGAGUUAUCGCUGUUAUAUCGAGGUUGGCUUCAGAUAAUGAGCCGAGCAUCAGAGCAGAACUGGUGGAACAAUUGCCUCAAAUCUGUAUGCAUUUGAGCGCUCGUCAACACAUCCUUCCCAAUGGAGUGCCUCUUCAUGUUCUUCCCAUUUUGGAACAGUUCUUAACCGAUACUAAUAGUCAUGUACGCAAAAUGACACAAAACGCGUUUACAAUGCUUUUGGAGCAAAAUAUCAUUCAAUUAAGUUUCAUCGAAGAACAUAUCUGUCCACUACUCAUACAAUUAACAGACUUUUCCAAUUUGGAUGACUAUCGUAUAGAAGCCGUUGGCAUGAUGAGCAAAUUGGUUAGGUUUUUGGGCAAAGAGUCAACCGAAAAGUUAUUACUCCAAACAUUUACACGCCUUUGUUUAGACGUCAGUUUUCACGUCCGUCGUGUCUGUGCCUCUAAUUUCGGUGAAUUCUGUACAGUUGUUGGCCAAGAGUUAACCGAAAAUGUUUUGUUGUCGCGUUUUCGAAGCCUAUGUCAAGACAGCAUUUGGGGCGUACGGAAGGGUUGCGCCGAUUUCUUUGUCCCGGUGGCCAUCACUGUCUCGAAUCAAGUCCGCAAAGAAGUGUUAUCCCCGUUAUUUGUCAAUUUACUCAAUGAUCAGUCCCGUUGGGUAAAAACAGCCGCUUUUCAAUCGUUGGGUCCAUUUAUAUCAACAUUUGCUGAUCCGAGCAAAACAGGUCUCUAUUAUUCAGAUAAUGGUAUUGUUGUUAUCGAAGACCACACCAGUAAUGACAGUGGAUUAGGAAGCAGUGAAUCAAAUGCUAAUUCACCGACAGAUAUUGACGUCGACGAAGUGGAGGAGACUUUAAAUGAAGAGUUCAGUCAACUGUCGACGACAUCUCAUAAAAAACAAAUAGACACUGAAAACAACGAAUUCAGUCAAUUCCAGUUCUGGAGAGAUCCCAUCCCUGAACUCCAAUUGGAGUUUGAAGUGAACGCACAGUCCCUCCAAAUGAAGACACAAAGUGGAGACCCACUCAAUGAAGACCAUGUCAUGAAUGAUACGUUAGAACACAAUUGUGAUUCCAAUAUCAACACUAAGAAUAAUGAUAGCGAUAUGAGCCAAGAAUUGUCUUCUAAUUUAAGUGAUGACCAAAAAAGUGUUACAAAUUAUAUGACCGAAGAUCCAACUGAAGGCAAUUUUGAACUCAAUUUUAGUCAAUUAAAUGCUAGAAGAAAAUGCAUGAAUGAGUUCUACGACAUGACUUCCGAUAAGAGAAGUAACGCGUGGACUGCAUAUAACCCAAUCUAUCCAUCGGCUGAUAUAAUGGAGGUUCGGGAACCACUAUUAGGUCUUUAUUCUAAUCUAAAUAUGGGAGAGUCGGACGAACUCAUGUCGUUUGCAUUUGGAGAGUCUAUGCCUAUGGGCUCCGGGUAUAUGUUCCCCUAUAGAAGACCGCCGCCCUCUCAGGACAUUAUACCCAACGAUCAAAAACAAAUAGACACUGAAAACAACGAAUUCAGUCAAUUCCAGUUCUGGAGAGAUCCCAUCCCUGAACUCCAAUUGGAGUUUGAAGUGAACGCACAGUCCCUCCAAAUGAAGACACAAAGUGGAGACACACUCAAUGAAGACCAUGUCAUGAAUGAUACGUUAGAACACAAUUGUGAUUCCAAUACUAACACUAAGAACAAUGAUAGCGAGAUGAGCCAAGAAUUGUCUUCUAAUUUAAGUGAUGACCAAAAAAGUGUUACCAAUUAUAUGACCGAAGAUCCAAAUGAAGGCAAUUUUGAACUCAAUUUUAGUCAAUUGAAUGCUAGAAGAAAAUGCAUGAAUGAGUUCUAUGACAUGACUUCCGAUAAGAGAAGUAGCGCGUGGACUGCAUAUAACCCAAUCUACCCGUCGGCUGAUAUAAUGGAGGUUCGGGAACCACUAUUAGGUCUUUAUUCGAAUCUAAAUAUGGGAGAGUCGGACGAACUCAUGUCGUUUGCAUUUGGAGAGUCUAUGCCUAUGGGCUCCGGGUAUAUGUUCCCCUAUAGAAGACCGCCGCCCUCUCAGGACAUUAUACCCAACGAUCUGUUAGAGCACUACUUAUCAAUGACUAAUCCAAUUCACUACCAGACGGUUGAUCCGGAUCUAUGCCAUCAUUGCGCCUAUAGUUUGCCGGCCGUAACGCUAACUCUGGGCCGAAAGAACUGGUCGUGUUUGCGGGAGACGUACGAACUGUUAGCCGCGGAAAUGCAAUGGAAAGUGCGGUGGACUCUGGCCUCGAGUUUGCAUCAAAUGUCAAAUAUAUUGGGUUCUGAAUUGACGACAAGAGAUCUGUUGCCCGUAUUCUUGAGUUUCAUGAAGGACUUGGACGAAGUGCGGUUCGGAAUACUGCAGAAUUUGGCGCCAUUCCUCAAACUGUUGCUUCGACCACAACAACAGGGAAUUUUGCCCAAAAUAUCGGAAUUCCUCAAAAUGGAUAACACAAGGAAUUGGAGGUUUCGUCAGACGUUAGCGCAACAAAUCAUUGAAUUGGCAGACAUUUACACCGCCUCUGAGAUUAUGGAAUAUUUAUUACCCAUUGGUUUAGUGCUUCUCAACGAUAAGGUAUCUGAAGUGAGAUUAGCGGCCAUUCGUUUAAUAUCUGUUUUGAUAAAACAAAUAUUUGAGUCCUUCCUCUACGACCCGACCACUUAUACGGACAACAGAUUAGACAUUAUUUGGGAACUUAACUCACAAUUAGCUGAGUCUAGCAAAUGGAUCCAAAGGCAGACGUAUAUAUUGGUUUGCGAUCAACUGAUCCAAAACGAGUCCAUUCCAACGGAACUGUUUAUUGACAAAAUGUUACAACAUUUGCUCAACUUGUCUGAUGAUAACGUACCAAAUAUUAGAUUAGUUUUAGCGCGAACUCUAGCCAACACUUUUUGGCCAAUCGCUCAAUUUAGAUCUCAUUUGAAAGUUCAACAAACUUUAGAAGACUUACAAUCAGAUAAGGAUAAAGAUGUGCGCCAACAGUCUAGCGCUGUCCACCACUUGUGCGACACUUUAUAUUCGGACAAUAUAUAAGGCAGUAAUUGCUAGUCGAAGAACUGGUGAUACGGAAUGCGCUCUUUCGAUGCAACGGAUGCCAUAAAAUACUAUUAUUUAAUUUAUAUGAUAAUUAUUAUAGUGAAUGAAGAGCUCAAUUAAUUUAAUGAUUAGAUAAUGCU